UCGUGUAGCACACCCACCUGGUUGCAGCCUGAUAAACUGAAGACUUUGGGCUGGCCUACUCCAUAUGAGUGCAUUGUGUAGAUAGUGGUUAGUGCAGAAAAGUCUAAUAUCUGAAAAUGGCUGGUUUAAUUUAUUUUACAUCCUUAAAAAACUCUUUUGUACAUCUGACAUUCUGUUUCAUCUGAUGUGUUUUAUUAUCCACUAAAUAUUAAAUAAUAAAUAAAGAAAUCUACUUUGGCUUAUUUAAAAUAACGCCGUUUGAAGUGCCUGUCAUCAGGCUGAGAAUUUUGUGAAAGCCGAGGGACGACAUUGGCUUUCAUUGUGGAGCUCUCCGCCCUGUGGCGCCGUUAGUCACUGCAGCCUCUGUGAGAGAGUAGACGGAGACUACCACAGUCACCAGGACAUGCUACCUCCCUCGGUCCUGCCUGAAGAUAAUCGCGCUCCUGCUCCACUGUAGGGUUGCAGAAAUGCCAAACAGAAAGGAUUUUCCACAGGAAAUCCAAAGCUUGGGAACUUGAAAGGUCAGCAAAGGUCAGGUCUGCCAGAUUCAAGGGCUAAAUAUAUAUUCAGGAAUAUGAUUCCAUUGACAGAAUUCCGUCAGUUCUCUGAACAGCAGCCGGCAUUCCGAGUGCUUAAGCCAUGGUGGGAUGUCUUCACGGAGUACCUCUCUGUGGUCAUGCUCAUGAUUGGAGUGUUUGGAUGUACCCUGCAGGUGAUGCAGGAUAAAAUCAUAUGCCUCCCUCACCCGAUGCCCCCUCCAAAUCAAACGGUGCUUUUGCCAAAUCAGACAGAUCUGCUGAAGGAUGCCCCCACUUCUCCCAUUUCCCCGGUGCCUGUGGCUCAGGAGAUGAUGGGAUUGAAAACCAACUUGGAUUUGCAGCAGUACAGCUUUGUGAACCAAAUGUGCUAUGAAACAGCUCUGCACUGGUAUGCCAAGUACUUCCCUUACCUGGUGCUCAUACACACCCUUGUGUUCAUGGUGUGCAGCAAUUUCUGGUUCAAGUUCCCUGGCUCAAGCUCAAAGAUAGAGCACUUUAUUUCAAUACUUGGGAAAUGUUUUGAUUCUCCGUGGACUACAAGGGCUCUGUCUGAGGUGUCAGGUGAGAAUCCGGAGGAGAAAGACCACAAGAAGAACAGUGCCAGCAGAUCAAACCUUGACACCUCCACUGGUGAAGGCAACCUGGAGAAGGCCCCGUCACUGAGAUCUAUCCCUGAGAAGAUCGUGGCGGAGAAACCGGCAGCAAGCGUGCUUGACAAGAAGGAAGGAGAGCAAGCCAAAGCACUUUUUGAAAAGGUCAAAAAGUUUCGACUUCACGUGGAAGAAGGGGAUCUGUUGUAUCUUAUGUAUGUUCGCCAAACUGUCCUCAAAGUUUUCAAGUUCAUUCUCAUCGUUGUGUACAAUAGCAUCCUGGUGUCUAAGGUUCAAAUUAUAGUGUUCUGUAAGGUGGAUAAGAGCAUGAUAGGCUACAGUAAUUUUUUUUGCAAUCACACCAAGGCUCAUCUUUUCUCCAAGCUCUGCUACUGCUACUUGUGCUUUGUGGUCGUCUACGGGCUAACAUGCCUUUAUGCAUCCUACUGGUUAUUCUACCGUUCCCUGAAGGAGUAUUCCUUUGAGUAUGUGAGACAGGAGACUGGCAUUGAUGACAUCCCUGAUGUAAAAAAUGACUUUGCCUUCAUGUUGCAUAUGAUUGAUCAGUACGACCCACUGUACUCCAAGAGGUUUGCAGUGUUUCUCUCUGAAGUGAGUGAAAACAAGCUGAAGCAGCUCAAUCUGAACCACGAGUGGACGGUGGAGAAACUUCGCCAGAGGCUACAGACCAACGCCAGCGACCGGAUGGAGCUUCAGCUCUUCAUGCUCUCUGGGCUCCCCGACACGGUCUUUGAGGUGACGGAGCUGCAGUCUCUGAAACUGGAGAUCAUUAAUAACGUCACCAUCCCUGCAGCCAUUUCCCAGCUGGAGGACCUGCAGGAGCUUUCUCUACAGCAGUGCUCGCUGAAAGUCCACACCGGAGCCCUCUCUUUCUUGAAGGAGAACCUUAAAGUCCUGCGUGUGAAGUUUGAUGAUGCCCGUGAGCUGCCACUGUGGCUUUACAGCCUGCGGAACUUGGAGGAACUCCAUCUGAUUGGUUCCCUGAGUCCCGAUGCAUCAAAGAACAUAACCCUGGAUUCAUUAAGGGAACUCAAGUCCCUCAAGACCUUGACACUCAAGAGCAACAUCACCAAGAUCCCCCAGUCUGUUGUUGACGUGUCUAGCCAUCUGCAAUGUCUUCAUGUGCACAAUGAUGGAACCAAGCUUGUCAUGUUGAACAACUUCAAGAAAAUGGUGCAUCUCACUGAGCUCGAGCUGGUGCAUUGCGAUCUGGAACGUAUUCCGCAUGCUAUCUUCAGCCUGACCCACCUGCAGGAGAUUGACCUCAAAGAGAACAACCUGCGCUCCAUUGAGGAGAUCAUCAGCUUCCAGCAUCUCCGUAAACUCACGUGCCUCAAGCUGUGGCACAACGGCAUCACUCACAUCCCUGAGCACAUCAAGAAGCUGGGUAGCCUAGAGCGCCUCUAUUUUAGCCACAACAAGAUUGAGAUCUUGCCCUCGCAUCUGUUCCUCUGCAACAAGCUGCGCUACCUUGACGUCUCCUGCAACGACAUCCGCUUCAUUCCUCCAGAGGUUGGUGUCCUCCAGAGCCUUCAGUACUUCUCCAUCUCCUGCAACAAAAUCGAGAACAUUCCAGACGAGCUCUUCUUCUGCAAGAAACUGAGGACCCUCAAGCUCGGCAAGAACACGCUUUCUGUACUUUCGCCGAAGAUCUCCUUCCUGGUCUUGCUGACGCACUUGGAGCUAAAGGGCAACCAUUUUGAGGCUUUGCCAGCUGAGCUCGGUUAUUGCCGUGCCUUAAAGCGGAGCGGCCUUGUGGUAGAGGACACCCUGUUUGACACUCUGCCGUCAGAUGUCAGGGAGCAGAUGAAAGCUGAGUGAUUAUUUCUCAGCAUUAGUAAAAUGUUUAAAAAGCAGCAGAUAAUGCAUUUUAACUUAACUGAAGUAUCCCACAUCACACUCAGUAUAGUGGUGUUUAUGGGUGAGUACCUGCUUUUAAAUGCUUAGCUAUUGGACUGAAGGGAAAUGUGUAUCUAAAAUGAAGAAAGGGAUUUCCAUAAUAAAUGUUGAACAAAGCCAUGCAUUGUACAUUUCGAUUAAUGCAGUUUAAACACAUUUACAUUAUGCAUUUAUUUAAGCACCUUAUUUGUGACAUUCUCCAACUUUUCAAAGAAUAGAGAUGAACAACUCUGUAUUUGCGUGUAUUCAGUGGAAAUCAUGACUGCAUCCCAUCUACUGCCUCACUGAUUAAGGUGAACAUUUCAUGAUCAAUGAAGAGUUCUACAGGCUUAGUGCUGAACAAUACUAGCCUGCCAAACUGCAGUGUUUUACCAUUGCAAAGCCAGUACAUCAAACAUAUCUUAGUCCUGGCUUUACGGAUGCUGCCACAGGAAACAGAUGAAGGGGCAGUACCUCACAUUUAAACCAGGGCUGGCAUGUCCUCUUUUUGUAGCCCAUAAAGAUAAAUUGAUAAAUGGUCGAUGCUCUCAGUCAUUCAAGCUAAACCACAUACUGGUUUGGGCACGUGACGGCCGUCUUCUUUCAAAGCAGCCAAAGUCCUCAGAAUGGUGACCCAGGAUGUCACAACAUCCGAUUUGCACUGGAAGCUCACACAUUCCAUCUUGUGCAUCAUAUUUAGGGUGUAGCAUGUUUGUUCAAACGUAUGUGUAGUGUAACAUGAAGUGCAGAAGCUAUAUUAGAAAUGUACUAGUAGUCCUAUAUAGUUGUGGUUUCCAUGGAGCCUGUUUGCCAGUUACGUUUUAAAUCUUUGAAAGUUCUAAAGAUGCUGAAGGCAGGUGAGCGUGAGCUGCAGUCACUUAAGUGUGCUCAGGUAAUCUCUGUAUUGGUAAUCUCUAUAUCGUCUUUCCUUCUGUAUUUCUUUUUAGAAUCUAAUUGAUGCUGUUUUGUGUGUUCUUGGCAAGCUGCAGGGAAACAACCCAAGUAUACCUCUUAUAAAAACUACGCAAGUAUAAAGCAACUCUAAGGUUUUCUCUAUUCGACCGAUGGCAAUUUACAGUUUCUGCUGUUCUGGGUUAGAAAUCAAUCUGUCCUACACACUGCGAUUUGCUUACUCUGUUGAUUCACGAUCCGCUCUGUGUCUAGUGCACGCGUGUUUCUCUACCUCUCCUCCAGUUACCAUACAGAGCUGUUCAGAUAGAGAUGCCCCACCCAUGCUGCCAAAAAAACCAAACAAACAAAUGGUGCCAUUUAUUUAUAUAUCUUGUUUUUAGAUUUUUCUCUUUUUUUUAAUCUAGAAUGUUUAUUUUAUUUCUGUAGGUUGAUGUUUUUAUAUGUGGUGUGUUAGGUUUUUUCUAAUGGGUUUGUUUCUUAUAACCGAAGAACAAACUGUGCCUGAGAUGUGUAGCGAUGAACUCACACUCUCCUUAGCACCUUGCUGUUGUACAUUUUAUACUCCAUUUUAACACUGUGCAAAAUGGUCUGAUCAACAAACAUCAAAAAAAUUAAAUAAAGAAAUUGAAAAAAACAAUAAAUGAAA